UUUUCUCUCUUUUAACGAACAAAAUUUUCAGAUUUUGAUAUAAGGGCAUUCAACCCACCCCAUUCCCGCCGGUUUCGGUUUCUGCGCUCUUUUUCUCCGGCGAGUCGCGGCGUUGAUCGUAAAAACAAUGCUCCUCCGCCUCUGUAAACUCUCCCUCCGCUAACCAUGGACGCGAUCCUCUCCUCCGCCGUCGAAGAAAUCUGCUCACAAGGUCAAAACGGACUCACUUUCCGCAAUCUAUGCUCCAGGCUCCAGCCCUCUCUCUCAGAUUCCGGCCUCGACCUCUCCAAUGGCGUCAAGGCCGCCCUCUGGACCCAAUUACUACGCGUGCCCUCCCUGCAAUUCCAAGCCGACAAGGUGGCAUACUCUGCUAAGGACCCCUCGGUUCAGUCCUUCGAAGAUGCUGAAAGGUUGAAUUUGAAGAUCGUAGCUGAGGACCAUUUGAGGGAUAGCUUUGUAGGGCUCUACAAUGUGCGAUCAGCCGGUUCCAACAUGUCCGCCCCUCAGCGACGUGUCCUUGAGCGCCUCGCGAUUGCUAGAAAAGAUGGAGUGACCCAAAACCAACUUGCUAAGGAAUUUGGAAUUGAAGGAAGAAACUUCUUUUAUGUAGUGAAGAGCCUUGAGUGUCAAGGGUUAAUUACAAGGCAAUCUGCAGUUGUUCGAACUAAAGAAGCUUUACAUACUGGGGAGUCGAGAAAUAUUCCAAUCGUGAGUACUAAUUUGAUGUACUUGCACCGAUAUGCAAAGCAUUUGGGCUGUCAACAGAAAUUUGAGAUUACUGUGGAAGAAAAUAAUUCUGAGCAUCUUGAAGAUCCGAUGGAAAGUGCUGCUGUUGAAGAUGGUUUGCCUGGAAAAUGCGUUCAAGAUGUGCUUGUGAAGGACUAUUUGCCGAAAAUGAAAGCUAUCUGUGAUAAACUUGAGGCAGCCAAUGGAAAGGUUCUUGUUGUUUCUGAUAUUAAGAAGGAUCUUGGUUAUACUGGAUCUUCUUCAGGACAUAAAGCUUGGAGAGAGGUCUGUAACAGAUUGGAAAAGGUUCGCAUAGUUGAGGUGUUUGAGGCUAAAGUAAACUAUAAGUCUGAUAGUUGUCUACGUCUACUGAAGAAGUUUUCUCCAAAGUGUUUUGAGACGAGUAAUUUUGGGAGAGAUGAUAGUUCUGGUUACAAACAUCAUAUGAAAUUUGGGAGGAAAUAUCAAGUAACUGAUCAACUCGUUGAGCUUGCUAUAGAGCAUCAAAUCUACGAUAUGAUCGAGGCUUCUGGAUUUGAAGGCAUGACAUUGAUGGAGGUUUGCAAGAGGCUUGGAAUUGAUCACAAAAAAAACUAUAGUCGGCUCAUCAAUAUGUUCACCAGAUUUGGAAUGCAUCUUCAAGCUGAAACUCACAACAAAUGCAAUCUUUAUCGAGUUUGGACACGUGGGAAUUUCAAGCCUGAAUAUAAUAAUCAAAAUUUUCAUAAAUCACAAGAUGCAAAGAAUAAAAUUGAAAAUUGUAGUAAUCAUAUUGUCAAUGUAAAUAAGAGGUUAGCUCAAACGACUUCUCUAGAUGGCUGUACAAAUUCUGAAGAUACAAAUUUGGACAUCGCUAGUGCUACGUGCAGAACAACUGAUGAUGGAAAAAUGAAUAGAGAAAUUAGUGAUAAGUCACAUGGCGAUAGUGAGGCUAACGUUGGGGUUAUCGGUUUGCCACAAGAGUCAGUUUUUCAGCCAGAAUGCUCCAUUCCUGAUGUAAACCUCAGUUCAGUGAACACAGUUGUUGAAACAAACUCUGGAUCAACAAAAUCUCCAACUGCGCUGUUAAGGCCAUCAGUUUCUGCAUCAUAUCAGAAGUAUCCGUGUUUACCUCUUACUGUGGAUAGUGCUCGGAGGGAGCAGAGAAUACUUGAACGCCUACAGGAUGAGAAGUUUAUUUUGAAAGGUGAGCUUCAUAGGUGGAUUAUUGAUCAUGAGACGGAUAAAAGCACAACUACAGAUAGAAGAACCAUUGUCCGAAGUAUAAACAAACUGCAACAGGAAGGGCACUGUAAAUGCAUAGACAUCAAUGUCCCUGUUGUCACAAAUUGUGGUCGUACUCGUGUCACCCAGGUGAUUCUGCAUCCAUCUGUUGAGACUUUAUCACCUCAACUUCUAGGUGAAAUUCAUGAUAAAUUGAGGUCAUUUGAAGCCCAAAGUCGUGGUCAUGGCUCGAAAAAGGCGAAGAAGAAUGCAUUGCUUCCUGUAUUAGAAGGUAUCCAGAGGACUCAGUACUAUAUGUAUUCUGACAUUGCAGCGGUACGAUCAGAAGCCAUGCGUGCAAAUGGAUUUGUACUGGCAAAAAUGAUCCGUGCAAAGCUGCUGCAUAGCUUCUUGUGGGAUUACCUGAAUUGUUCAGGUGGUUCUGAUGGUACUUCCUCAUCUGAAAUAUUUGUCCAUGAUCUGAAAAAUCCUCACACUAGCUGCAAACCGUUUUUAUUGGAAGAUGCAAUUAAGUCUAUCCCAAUUGAGCUUUUCCUACAAGUUGUUGGGUCUACUAAAAAAUUUGAUGAUAUGUUAGAGAAAUGUAAGAGGGGUUUGUCACUUGCUGACCUUGCUCCAGAGGAGUACAAGCAUCUGAUGGAUGCUAAUGCUACCGGAAGACUCUCGCUGGUUAUUGAUAUUUUACGGCGUUUGAAGUUAGUUAGGUUAGUAGCUGCAAGUCCAGACGAUGUAAAUAGUUAUGGGCAUGCCACUUUGAAACAUGCAUUGGAGCUUAAACCUUACAUAGAAGAACCAGUUUCAAAAGAUGCUACUAGAUCUUUGAUGAUCAAGUGUCCAGAUCUUCGCCCAAGAAUUAGACAUGACUUUAUCCUGUCAAGUAAACAAGCUGUUAACGAGUAUUGGCAAACCUUAGAGUAUUGUUAUGCUGCGGCUGAUCCCAGAUCUGCUCUGCUUGCAUUUCCUGGGUCUGCUGUUCGUGAGGUGUUUCUUUUCCGUUCAUGGGCUUCAGUUCGGGUUAUGACAGCUGAACAACGUGCUACACUUCUGGAGCGUGUGGGAAAGAGGGACCAAAGUGAAAAGCUUUCAUAUAGUGAGUGUGACAAUAUCGCAAAGGAACUUAAUCUGACACUAGAGCAGGUUCUACGUGUGUAUUAUGAUAGGCGCCAGCAACGUCUCAACAGAUUUGAAGAAGGGACGGGUGAUCAGUCUAGACAGUCAAUUAAAAGCCAUUCAUCUCAAAGGAAAAAACUACCAAAAGAGAGGUCAAGAAAGCGUACACGACUUGACGUGGUCGGCAGGCAGUUGGAUGAAACAAGGGUUACUACAUUUCCUGAAACUUCUGUUUCGUCCAUUGAUAAAGAUAACCAAUUGGCUGCUAAUUCAGGAGAGCAUAGCACUCCAUUGCAAGAAAUUUUUGACGAUGAUGAUCGUCUUGUAACUUUAGAGAAGUUUGGGCCUAAUGAGGAAGAUGAGGCAUGCAGUUCUGUUGCCGCUUCAACGAUGAAGCCAAAUCGUCAAAGAAGGUUUAUAUGGACUGAUGAAGCAGAUAGGCAAUUGAUCAUCCAAUAUGUCAGAUACCGUGCAGCUGUAGGUGCAAAAUUUUCUCGAACGAAUUGGAGUUCUCUUUCUAACUUACCAGCACCUCCAGCUAAUUGUAGAAAAAGAAUGGCAUGGCUGAAUGGUAGCACGAGAUUUAGAAAGGUUGUUAUGAGGCUUUGUAACAUUCUUGGAAAGCGUUAUGUGAAGUAUCUGGAAAAAUCUAAGGAUGCAUCGAGUCAUCAAGAUGACCCCAAACUGAUCUUAACUAGUUCUAAAGGGAAAGGUCUUAACAGGAGUAGUAGUGGUGACAGUAGAUAUUAUGGUGAGAUAGACUCUCAGGAAGAACAAUGGGAUGAUCUUGAUGAUAAAGAUGUAAAGAUGGCCCUUGAUGAGGUUCUUCAUUGCAAGAAGAUGACAAUGUUGGAGGACUCCAAAGGAGUUGGAUCUGUCUAUGGCGAUUUCUUGGAUGCAAAUGAAUCUGAAUUUACUACAUCUGACAAUCCUCAGAGUGCAGACCUGGUAAGAUCUAAGUCAAGAAGCCUUCACCAGAGGUUGAAGAAGAUUUUGAGUGGCAGGCACGUCAGCAAAGAAGUAUUUGAAUCAUUGGCUGUUUCCAAUGCUGUGGAGCUAUUUAAGCUUGUUUUCUUGAGCACCUCAAGAGCACUAGAAGUACCUAAUCUCCUUGCUGAAAAUUUAAGGCGUUAUUCAGAACAUGAUCUUUUUUCAGCUUUUAGCCACCUUAGAGAAAAGAAAACCAUCAUUGGAGGCAACAGUGGUGAACCAUUUCUGCUCUCACAAGUUUUUCUGCAUAGCAUUUCAAAGUCGCCAUUUCCAGCCAACACUGGAGAGAGAGCUUCCAAAAUUUCCAAGUUUCUGCAUGAAAGAGACAAAGAUCUUGUGGAAAAUGGGAUUAACCUUCCUGCUGAUUUACAAUGUGGAGACAUUUUCCAUCUGUUUGCUCUAGUUUCUUCAGGAGAGUUGUCCAUUUCUUCUUUCUUGCCCGACGACGGUGUUGGAGAACCUGAAGAUUUGAGAAGUUCAAAACGGAAAGUUGAUAGCUGUGAACUUUUCGGUGACACUCAGGCUAAGAAACCGAAACUUUCACCAGCAGAGGGUGAAAUUGUUUCUCGUCGAGAAAAAGGUUUUCCUGGGAUUAUGGUUUCUGCAUGUCGUACUACAAUUUUAAGAACAGAUGCUUUGGAACUAUCAAACAGUUUUAAUUGUAUUAAUGACCAAUGUUUUGGUGGGAGUGAUAGAUUCCACAUUGUGCCUACUCGGAAAAGUAUUUCAUUUGAUCAUAUGGAAUCACUAUGCAAUACGGAUGGAGUUGUAUCUCUAAUAGGGAAUUAUAGUGAGUCACCUUGGCAAACUAUGACAGCUUUUGCAGAUUGUUUGAUGUCUGUACAUUGUGAUCAAGAACAAGUGAGUGUCAUAUCUCCAGAGGUCUUUAGGUUGGUUUAUUCUGCAAUUCAGUUGGCCGGUGACCAGGGUUUAAGCACAGAAGAAGUUUCCCAGGUGGCUAAUUUACAAGGAGAAAAGCUGCCACAAGUUAUCAUUGAUGUCCUCCAAACAUUCCGACGAGUACUGAAGGUGAAUUCUUUUGAUAGUAUCCGAGUUGUUGAUGCUUUAUAUCGUCCCAAGUACUUUUUGACGUCGAUUGCUGGUUCCAACCAAGAUCAUGUUACUCCUUCAUCAGUGGAUAUGAUUGGAAGAACUGAUAGCCAGUCGGUUCUUGAUUCAGAAAAUUACAAUGUUGGAGGAAAAAAUCCAGAAAAUCACAUUGCUGAUGGUGCAAAUUCCCAGACGGAAAAAAGAAAGGUUGUUGGUGAGGUGCACAAAGUAACAAUUCUCAAUCUUCCUUCAGAUGUUGAUAGCAACACAAAAGAAAGUAAAACUAGCAAUAUGCAUCCUCACGAUGGAUUAUUUUGGUCCUCUUCUGGUGGUUUGAAUAUGCCAAUACUCCCAUGGAUAAAUGGAGAUGGUACGACUAAUGAUAUUGUCUACAAGGGGCUCAGAAGGCGGGUUCUUGGAAUUGUAAUGCAAAACCCAGGAAUACUGGAGGUUGACAUUAUCCUGCGGAUGAACGUCUUGAACCCCCAGAGUUCUAAGAGGCUGUUAGAGUUGAUGGUGUUAGACAAGCACCUCAUAAUUAGGAAGAUGUAUCAAAGUACGUUCAGUGGGCCCCCUGGUAUUCUAGGGAUUCUCCUCAGCAGGAGCAACAGAAAAUCAAAGUUUGUUUUUCGUGAACACUACUUUGCAAAUCCCAUGAGCACAUCACUGCUGUAGAUAGCCUUCCAUGUUCAGCAUCCGUAUCCUCCAUACCCACUGCCCAGGUUGUUGUCUAUUGAAACUUUGCUGAAAAGAGUACAGAUUGUAAAAUAGCACUCACAUUGCUGAUGUUCUAUGGGAAACGCUUUAACCGUGUCAGCCUGCCAGGAAUCAGAUGUUGCAUAUGUUUGACAAAAGUCGAGAACCGAAAAUUAUGUUGAAGUUAUUGAUUCUCUCUGCCGGGAAAUGUUGAGUUUGUGGAGCCUAUUCAUCAAGCAGGAUCGAUCUAACCUCGUUUGAAGGAACCUACUAGAGACAUUGGCAUCGCAAUGCCAGAUGUAAAGUAUUCACACAAUAUGGUGCAUCUUGCUCACACAGCUGCAUGAAGGGAGUUUGUGCCAAGACGCUCUUUCUUAAGCGUUAUUUUUGUGGGUAAGAGAGUGGAAUAAAGUCACUAGCAAAGUGUUUUAGGCUUGUUUAGGGAGGAAAAAGAGAGAGGAAAACUCAUUUAUAAAAGAUGACGUAUGAUUCUACUAUCCUAGUGUAAUCUUUUCUUAUUUUAGCAGAACCUGCAAAGUCUGCCGUGUAAACGAUGUAGCCAUAUCGGGUGAACCUGUAUAGAUUUAGUGCUAACUUUUCUUGUUUUAACAGAACUUGCAAAGUCUGCAGAGGAAACUAUGUAGCCACAACGGUGAACUUGUAUAUAUUUAGUGUAAUCUUUAUUCCCUUUAUGUUUCCUUUUC